CAUCUCCCCCCCCCCGGUUUAAGACACUCCGAUCGCAGUUCGGACCCUGACUGUUCCAAGCGUGACUCCUUCCUUAGGUUCGCCUCUGCUGCUCUUCUUGCCUUCCUCUUUCCCCGCAUUCCCGGCUCAAUUUUCGAGGGUCUGAUCAUCCUCUCACGUUUCACCUUGAGCUUUUGGCGCAACAAACUCCGGAUUUCCCGAGAAACCAGAUCCCCAAACCCAGACUCAUCCCAUCCUCUCUCUUUCCGGGAGUCGCCAAAGAGAAGCACAUGCAUGCUUGUUCUUCCUUGCGCCGCCGUCUGCUUCGUUCCUCGGCCAAUUCCAUCCUUCCUGCGCCCGCGAGACUUCAUUAUCUAGGCCGUGCACAGAUCCCCCAGUCCGUGUAUCGCACUCCAAGCCCUAUAUCUUGGUCUCACUCAACGAGGGUUUACUCCACUUUCCCAUCGCAUCCGUACGAACCGAGGAAGGCUUCAACUUUCUGGACGAUCACAGUCGCCUUAGUUCUGGUCGGUGCAGGAAGCUGGCUAAAGAAUAAAUACUGGACAGUCGCCGACGAACGUCUCCCUUCGCCUGAUAUCUCGAAUUCUCAUCAAGAAACAACCUCGCCUUUUCUCGGUAUAAUUGAUACGUUGAAGACCAUGCCUGUUGAAGCUCAACCAGGAACUGUGGGUAACCUCACCCCCGAACAGGAAGCAAAGCUCCAGGAAUUCUGGGUCUUGCUCCUGAAAGUCUGUGGUGUGGAAGGUCUCGAGCAGUUGCAGCAACAACCCAGCGAGACGCCCUCCCCCAGCCCAGCCCAGGAGAAGAAGAAGUCUUCCAAACGGCGAUUCGGCCUUUUCGGAAGAGGUGGCGACGAUGCUGAAGACGAUUCAGCUAGUUCCCAGUCGGCAAGCGACAUCUCGUCCAGUCUGGCUUCCAUCAGCAUCACUGAUGGCGACGACAAAUACGGACAAUCUAAGGAGUUCCAGCAGGCUCUGAUUGAUAUGAAACCCGAGGAGAUCCGGGCCAGCUUAUGGAAUAUGAUCAAGCACGACAAUCCUGACUCGCUGCUGCUCCGUUUUCUGCGGGCGCGGAAGUGGGAUGUGAAGAAGGCACUGAUCAUGCUGAUCUCUACGCUCCGGUGGAGACUACAGGAGGUGAAGCUUGACGAAGAUAUUAUGAAAAACGGCGAGCAUGGCGCUUUGAAGCAGAGCCAGAGCUCCGAUCCCGAUGAGAAGAAGGCAGGCGAGGACUUCUUACUGCAAUUUCGCAUGGGCAAAAGUUUCCUGCAUGGUGUCGACAGGUCCGGCCGGCCGAUCUGUGUGGUCAGAGUGCGCUUGCACAAAGCAGGGGAUCAGGAGGUGGAGGCUCUGGAUCGCUUCACUGUCUAUACUAUCGAGACAGCUCGGAUGAUGCUGGCGCCUCCGGUUGAAACAGCUUGCGUUGUCUUUGAUAUGACCGACUUUUCGCUAAGCAACAUGGACUAUCACCCAGUCAAGUAUAUGAUCAAGUGUUUUGAAGCCAACUACCCAGAGUGCUUGGGAGUAGUUCUGAUUCACAAGGCUCCCUGGAUCUUCUCAGGAAUCUGGAACGUCAUCAAAGGCUGGCUCGAUCCCGUGGUUGCCUCGAAGAUCCAGUUUACCAAGAAUGUCCAGGACUUGGAGAAAUUCAUUCCUCGGGACCAAAUUUGGAAAGAGCUCGAGGGUGACGAGAACUGGGCCUACAAGUAUGUCGAGGCUGAACCCGAUGAGAACAAAGACCUGGAAGACACUGCCAAACGGGACGCGAUGAUUGCCGAGCGACAACAACUCGCGAAAGAAGUGCAAGAUGCCACGAUUGCUUGGAUUGCAGCCAGCCAGAAGAAGGACGACUCGACUCUCAAAGCGGCGACCGAGAAGAGGAACGGUCUUAUUGACCGACUGAGAGCUCAGUACUGGGAGCUCGACUCCUAUGUUCGGGCUACCUCCCUCUACGAUCGAGUCAACAUCAUCCAAGGAGGCGGCAAGAUUGAGUUUUACCCGACUGAGGUCAAGACGAAGGGAAACGCGUUGUACGAAGGAUAGAACCUAGACGUCCGGGCUCGCCUACCUUAUAAAGGUCUGUGUAUAAAUACUUAUUGUUGAGUUUCGUUACGCUGUGUGAUAUGAUAGAUGAUUCUGCGGGUCCUAAUGAUGCCCCGGCGCUGUAUGGCGACCUGGAAGGAACAUGUCUAUAUGUACAAUUGAGUUGGAUCUUCCUAUUGUCCGGAAACGCCUCAUAAGAUUCUUGGCUGGUAUUAGAAUCGAAAUUGAAAUCUGACAAUGCCAAAGCAUUGGCUUUAGCUUUUGUCGGUCAGACUAUAUCAUUAUCGCAAAUUUGACUCGUCAUGCAG